AACUACAUCACAAAGACAACAACAAAAGCAAGCAGUAACAAACCAAUAACAAAACACCGACUACAAGAACACAAGUUCAUAUUCACAAAACUAUUUAAUUAGGUACAAUUGAACGAAAGCAACGGCAACCAAGUGACACGACGAUCCGUUUGACCGUUGUUCGUGGAGACGUGUCGUGUCUUCCAUAGUGUGUUAAUUUGCGCGCCUGUCUUCUCCCUCACAUGACCUUUCAGUCUCUAAUGUGUUGCUUCUCUCAUUUCUCUCUCUCCGACUCCAGAUGUAAACAUCUCUUGUUUAUUCGACAUUAACCCCGUCACACAGCCACAUUACAUCAUUGUUGCCCAUCUUAUUCGAUUCCGACUCGAUUCCAGAAGCGUUUGCUGCUUCUUUUGUGCUGUUCAAGGUGACUGAGAUGGUUUGACCCUGUCACUUUGAUGUCCCGACAGAACUACAGAAAAAAUUGCAAGAUUUCAACACAUCCUCCAUUGUUCUACAUACAAUGAACAUCCUGAAGUGAACCACAUUUGUUUUCUAUAAUUAAAUUAAUUCUGUCCACUUUAUUCACCCAGUCUGUUAAUUACACUGACUUUAACCUUGUUAUGUUCGGACAUUCAAAGAUUCCUUAAAAGAGAAAAAAAAAUCAGCUUGUAAGAUUUGCUACUUCCCUGUCUGUCUCGCUUUGUCAUUGGAAUGGUACAAAAAUUGUGUGAUUAGAUAGUGGUGGUCAUCUUAUAGAAAAUUAUCAGACUGUUUCUAUAGCAACAGUGCAGACAGCACUCUGCCAAUACCCAGAAUAGUUGUUUGUUUUGUAACUGGCAUGUUGUCCUGGAAGUAGUUGAACAUUGUAACAAUGGACCUUUUCCCCAUACCGAACCUCAGUGAAAGUGACGCUGGUGGGGCUGUUGCUGCUGCCAAUGUGGAUGCUAUGAUGCAGGGCUGCAAAAAGUCCAACAAGAACUUGCUCAACCCUGCGGCCACCAGCUCUCAGUCGUUUCAGAACAAUAUAAGCAACCAGCCAUUUCAAGACAACAGCAACAGUCCACCGUUUCAAAGUAAUACGACCAGUCAAGCAUUUCAAGGUAAUGCAAGCAUUCAGCCAUUUCAGAACAGUACGACCAGUCAGCCGUGUCAGAACAGCACCACCAGCCAAGCGUUUCAGAACAAUAGGACCACAAGUCAGUCUUGUCAGAACAAUAUGGCCAAUCAACCGUGUCAGAAUAAUAUGACCAAUCAACUGUGUCAGAAUAUUACCAGUCAGCUAUGUCAGAACAGUAUGACAAGUCAGUGUCAAAACAGGACCAGUAACCAACCAUGUCGGAACAGUAUGGCCAGUCAUACAUGCAGGAACAAUAUGGCCAGUCAGCCGUGUCGAAACAAUAUGACCAAUCAGGCAUGUCAAGACACCAGGACUAAUCAACCAUGUCGAAACAAUAUGACUAGUCAAGCAUGCCAGGAAAGUAGCAGUCGACAACAAUGUCAAAAUAACAUGGCCAACAGGCAAGCAUGUCAAGACAGUUCAAGCACUCAGCCGUGUCGUGACAAUAUGACCAGUCAACCAUGUCGUGACAAUAUGACCAGUCAGCCAUGUCGUGACAAUAUGACCAGUCAGCCGUGUCGUGACAAUAUGACCAGUCAGCCGUGUCGUGACAAUAUGACCAGUCAGCCGUGUCGUGACAAUAUGACCAAUCAGCCAUGUCGUGACAAUACGACCAGUCAGCCGUGUCAGGACAAUAUGACCAAUCAACCAUGUCAGGACAAUAAAACCAGCCAAUCAGGGGCUGUUAAAGUGAAGGUGGAGGGCGAAACAAGCAAACUGUACUUUUGUGACAUCUGUCAGAAUCUGUAUUCUAAAGGCAACCAUCUCCAUACUCAUAACCGGCCACAUUCUGGUGAACGACGAUUCAAGUGUGAGCAGUGUGAUAAACGUUUUCUCCAGAAUAGUCAUUUGAAGGCUCACUUGCUAACGCAUUCUUCGAUUCGGCCAUUUGUCUGUGAUAUUUGUGAGAAGAGCUUUAGAAAACGGUGUGAUCUGACUCGUCACCACAGAAGCCACACGGGAGAGAAACCCCACGAAUGCCCUAUUUGUGGCUUCAGAUUUGGUGAGAUCAGUCAUCUGAACUCCCAUUAUCGAGGUAGCCACACCGGCCUCAGACCUUACGAAUGUGAUGUCUGUGGGAAAAAGUUUGCUCGAGGCUUUGACCUUCGCAGGCACCAGCGGAUCCAUACCGGGGAGAAGCCGUAUAGCUGUGACAUUUGUGACAAGAAGUUCACAGAUGGCAGCCACCUAUUGAAACAUAAGAAAUCUCAUGCGAAAAUGAACACUUAAACCAUAUUUCAUUACAUCUUCCUAACGAGCCAGAUGUUUUAUCUUCUUGUAAUAACACUUUCAAUCUUAUCUCGAUCAAUAUCAUCGCACAAUCUCCAUAAAACAACUCUUAUAUUAACAUAAUUUUCUUCUAUAAUGUGGUGUGUCUGUAUGUCAUAUUGGUGCAGCAGUUAAACUGUUGGAUUUGAGUCUUGACGCUGCCUUGAGCAAGGAGCAAUGCAUUCACAACGUCUGGCCAAUAAAACAGGAUUGUUGAUUUCUGUAUUUCACUGUGAAACCACCAGGCCCCUCUUAAUCAAGAGAGGGUGAGGCUUAUGUAUACGAAGGGAGUUAACUGUAGCAGCAGCCCCAGCAACACACUGUAACUUGUCAAAUCUCUCCAGAUCCCUCUCUCCAGGUUAACUUUCAAUUGAGUGACACUCAACUAAGUGGAGGAGUGGUAGUCACACUUACUCCCAUUUUUGCUAGAUGAAGCCAGUAAUCAAACUCCCCAUUUGAACUCACAAAUGAACAACGCUGACAGCUUCUGUUGAUGGCUGUUGUAACCAUCAGCUUACGCAUCAACCAACUCUCCGCACAGCAAUACAUUACCAUUCAGUGGUCUUGAACAAUGGCUGACGAAUAUUUAAGUUCCUGCUUCUCUUCUGGAUGCAAAGCUUUCGGAUAAAGGUUUAUUUCACAUCAGUUUCAAACCACCUUUCAAAGAUAAAAAACAGAAUCCAAGUUGGUGGUGGUGGUGAUCUUCCCCCUGCGAAAAUAGUUUCACAAUGGAGUUUCUAUUUUGAGGGGAGAAGAGAAAACUGAUAUUUCAAGGUUGUCCCUUUGUCUGAAAUAUUCCAGUAUAAAAAGGCUCACUUAAAACUGCCCUAAUUCAUUCAACUGUUUGUUGGUUAAGUUUUUAUCACUUGAGAAGUUUUCUUAAGGGAAACAUUAAAUGAAAUUACGUAUUUAGAUGUAAAAAUGAUUUCUUUCCAAAAUACACUCAGCCCAAUUAUUUCAAUGAAUUUUAAAUGAAGAAGACAAUGGUGAUGGCAAUAUUUUGUGGAUUCCAUUCUCUACAUCCACUAAAUUAUUAUAUAAUAUUUCUAGAAGGAUCUUCAUUUUGUUAUGCAAUGGAAAAAAUGAUUUAGAAAUGGCAACAACUUGGGAUUGGAAGACAAUGAAAAUGAUAUUUUUGUCAAUCUGGUUUUAAAACAUUUUAUUUAGUUUUAAGAAAAAAUGAGAGUAAUUUAUAGAUCCCAGACAUACAGUGGGGUCUUGCUUGCUUUCUCUCUCUCUCUCUCGUAUCUGGGGCAUUGCUGCUGUUACAAACAAAUACACAGACAGCCUAGAUUGCAUCUGGAAACAAGCCAACACCUGACUGAUUGGGCAGAAAAGUCAUGACUCAAAGAUUAAACUCCGGCCUCUGAUCCAUCGGCACAUUUGUCUCUUCUCUCUCCACUUUUUUUUUUUCCACCACUGCUACUAUUUUGGCCACUGCUCCUCAGAACUGGCUGGGCUCAUGUCACUUCCAUUUGGACAUUCCUGUCCUCCUCCUUGUUGUGUCCCUACCCCCAUCACUCUCACACAAUCCUUCCUUUCCAGAACAUCAUCCCCUUGGAAUUCCCUCCUUGUUGAUGUCUUUCUUUGCAAAAACAUUAAUGACAUCAACCUCACCAGCCUCCAACGGUCUGUACAGGUCCAAGGGCACUGUCCCUUCCUUCAGACCCAAGAAGUAAAAAAAAAAAAAAAAAAAUUCAUCAUUUCAAUUGAAGACAUUUUUUAAAAUAGAAGAAAGUUAAUUACAUUAAUCACAUAAUUGUUCUUAAUUUUGCUUUUUUAUUUAUGUCCAUUAUAACAAGAGUUUCACUUCACGGACUCAAACGAAGCUGUGAAGGUGUGUCAGUGUGUCUCCAUAAUAUUUCUCUCUGUUACAAUUAUUGUUUACAACUGUGUGUGUGUGAAUGGGAAUCACCUGGAUUGACGAUGUUUUCUUGUCAACUGGUGGAAAGAAUGGCAGUUUCAGUAUAAAACUGCAGCUUUGGGAGUUCCACCGAGUUGUAGAUGGAAUCCCCUUUUUUUUUUUAGUUGAGAGAGCCAACAAACAGUUUUGGCUCUAACAAAAUUUGAGGUCAUAUUAUUCUGCAGGGGAUCCCUUGUACAAAGAACUGCUUUGCUCCCGUUAAAGUUUCCCAUUUUCAAUUUGGACUGAGACAGAAUCAGCAACUUUUAAAAUUUCAAAUUGUGUUUUGCUUUUCUCAAAUGGAAUCAGCUUGGAAAAUGAAAUGAUUGCAAGUUUUAUCAACAUUUAUUGACAAUACGUUAUUCAAUGUAUUGUUAAACAAAGUUAGAAUUUUAUGAGGGCAAUUAAUAUUUUAGUGCAGAAAAUUCCAAACAUGUAAAUUAAAGAGACUAAUAAGCUAAAAAAAUAGCUGCCUUUACCAAGAAGCUGUAAAGAUAUUUCUCAUUUGUCCAACAAUGUACAAUUUUUCUUUAGUGUUGUUGAAAUAAAAAUAUAUUUUUUCUUCACA